UCCGUGCCUCUCCAGGCCGUCGGACCGCUGCUCACACGCCGCUACCGGACUUUAAAAGUUGCCUUACUAACAAGGCAAACCUUCCGGAACCUCCAUGGAACCGAACCCAGAGUGAGCCAGGCGGGCUGCCGAAGCAGAGGCGCCGCCAUGAACGACCGGUACCACCGGGCGGCCCGGGACGGCUACCUGGACGUGCUGAAGGAGGCCACACGGAAGGAGCUGAACGCCCCGGAUGAGGAUGGUAUGACACCGACCCUGUGGGCCGCGUACCACGGCAACCUGGAGGCCCUGCGGCUCAUCGUGGGGAGAGGAGGCGAUCCGGACAAGUGUGACAUCUGGGGCAACACCCCGCUCCACCUGGCAGCUGCCAACGGCCACCACAACUGCCUGUCCUUCCUGGUCGCUUUCGGUGCCAACGUGUGGUGUCUGGACAAUGACUACCACACACCGCUGGACAUGGCCGCCACCAAGGGACACAUGGACUGCGUUCGCUACCUGGACUCCAUCACUGCCAAGCAGAUAACCCUCAACCCCAAGCUGGUCACCAAACUCAAAGACCGGGCGUUUCGCGCAGCAGAGCGCCGAAUCAAAGACUGUGCAAAGCUCCAGAGGAAGCACCGUGAACACAUGGAGAGGAAGUUCAUGAAGGAGUCAGCAGCUUUAGACAACCUGGAUGCUAUCAGCUUUUCUAGCUACAACAGCGGAAGCACACUGAGCCGCAAGUUCAACACUGUGACCUCCAACAUGCCAUACUCGCAGGCCACGCUGCAAUCCACAGCCAAGGGCAAGGCCAAGAUACAGAGGAAACUAGAGAAGAAGAAGCAGGGUGAUGGAACCUUCAAGAUCUACGAGGACGGUAGGAAAAGUGUGCGCUCACUCUCUGGUCUGCAGCUCGGCAAUGAUGUCAUGUUCCUUAAACAGGGCACAUACGCCAACCCCAAGGAGCGAUCUCGCCUCAACAUCCGCGACAUGUUCGCCCGUGACCAUGACGACGACGGCGACACAGUCUCUCGUGCCAUGAGCGAGCCAGGCCUCCACGAGACCGCGUAUUCAGAGAUCAGUGCAGACUCCGGACGUGACUCUCUCUUCACCCGACCUGGGCUUGGCACCAUGGUGUUCAGGAGGAACUAUUUGACUGGAGCCAUGUUUACACGGGAUGAAGGGAGUGUAGUGGGAAGUGAACCAUUGGGCCGGGCACCUAAUGUUCGACUACGAGGACCUCUGCCUCAACGCUCGCCCAGCUUGGAUGAGGACAGUAUUGGCAGUGCCUUGAGCCUGCAAGAAAGGAACCUUCAGGAGUUGCCAUGGGAGGAGACGGACGUUGGGAUGGAUGAGGACUUGGAGCUAGAGAGCAGUCCUCUGGACACUUUCCUGGCCUCUCAAAGCCUCAGUGAGUUCAUGCUAAUCUUCAGGAGAGAGAAGAUCGACCUGGAGGCUCUGCUGCUUUGUUCAGAUCAUGAUCUUACCAGCAUUCAUAUCCCUCUGGGCCCAAGGAAGAAACUUCUGGAAGCCUGCAAGAGACGCCUGGACACCAUAGACGAACCAGAGGCCAUUGAAGACACUGAGCUCUGAAGGACAAACACACAUUGAAGGUAUUAUGCAUUCAAGAUGCUGGCUCCAUGUACAAUUAUCAUUUCCUAAUCCUGUCAGUGGAGUCAACAUGGAAUCCAGACCGAAACAUGGAAAAGAAGACAUUUGAAAGCUUUGCCACAUAUACAAACACACAGAUACAAAGUGUUUCUGUAUGUAUUCCCUUCCAAUGACAUUCAUGUGUAAUCCUCGCAUAUUAUUACAUGUGAAUGAUUAAUGUAUUACUGAAUGCACAUAACCUUUGAAAAUGUUGUUUAUAUGUUUUUAUUGUGCAGUUUUCUUACUUCAAACAUGUUAUUUUACUCCAUGGCACAUACAAAAUGGUAACUUACUAUAUAUGGACUAUUUCAACGACUGCCAUUGUCUGCAAAUUCUGUUGCAACAGUUAAGAAAAUAUUAUGUGGGUGUGCGUUAGAUAGCACUGUUAUCUCUGGUUGCUCUGUGGCAUAUUUAGUUUCACUGAAGGUCUGUGUCUGUGCACUUAAGAGUAUGGCUGUGCAUGAAUGUCCAUUGUAUGUUUGUAAAAGACUGUUUUUGUAUCAAAAGAUGUACCCACAAUUAUAAUGAUCUUUUAUUAAAAUAAAGUGAAAAUGACUAUUGUUUUGUGAGUGAAUACAUGUCGAUAAUACCAACCUGUGAAAAUAAACUUGACCUUUGCACCA